GUCCGGCCGGUGACUGACGACGAUAUUGGGUUAAGGGUGCUCCGCGAGGCACCAGCGGAGGCAGCCCAGAUCAUCGACAUUAUCGCAAUCCACGGCAUUGGGGCGCACCCAGACGACAGCUGGUGCAAGAAUGUCGGCACGGCAGAAAACCCGCAGUGGGUCAACUGGCUUAAGGAGGAAAACAUGCUGCCAGCAGUAGCGCCGAAUGCUCGCAUCAUGCGAUAUGGAUACCAGUCGCAGUGGUUUGGGGAAGGGGCAAUGCGGCAGAACGCGUCGACGGUGGCCCAGCGGUUGCUGCUGGCCUUGCGGCGAGGAAGAGAGGAGUAUCCGUACCGGCCACUGGUCUUUAUAACGCACUGCUUCGGCGGGCUGGUUGUGCUGAAGGCACUCGUGGAUGCCCGACAUGAUAAAAAGGAGUGGCCUGGAGUAUUUACAUCAACCACUGGGUUGUUAUUCUUCGGCACGCCGUUCCGAGGGGCGGAAGGAAUGAGCCAGAUGGAGAUGCUCGACGCAGCGCAGCGGGAAUAUCAAGAGGACGAGGUGCAGCCAGAGAUUCUGAAGAUACUAGAGCCCGGGAAUGAGUUCCUCCAGGAGCUGGUUGACCAAUUUGGGAAGACGCGGAGCGAGGCAAACAAGGCCACGGUUGCAUGCUUUUUUGAGCUCAAGACGACCAACGUAGGGCGGAUUGUAGGGAAGGUGGAUCGGACGGUAAAUUCAGAACGGUGCUUUACACCGCACGAGGCUAACUAUUUGCACAGAGAUUUGUGGUGA